AUGAGCGACUUCCGAGGCUUUUUCAGCAACCGCGCCAACCGUAACGCCGUGUACCGUCCCUCUCCAAAUGCCACGCUCGUCGAGCCCCACGCCAUCCUGCUGAUCGGCUACGACAACGAAGGGCAGUACUGGAGAGCAAGGAACUCCUGGGGGCCGUCAUUUGCCGACGAGGGCUCCUUCAAUGUGGCAUAUGGGGUCGCAGGGGUGCUGUCCCCAGAAGACAGCUACGGCCUGGAGUGGCAGCCUAAGCCCGGCGUGCCCGUGCCGCAGCUGCCACUGACGGCCUCCCUCAAGUUCCCAGCCUGCAAGGUGUACAAGCCUGCGUCCCAGGAGUACAUGUCGCGUGUGGCUUGGAGGGCGGGCGUGCCUCUCGAGCGCCUGCUGCUGGACAACCUCGACAAAAUCAAGGAGCCGGACGAGAACCUGCAGGGCAAGGAGAUCCUGGUCUGCCCCGACAGCGCCCCCCCGACUUCCGCCUUGGCUUCGCCAUCGGCCUCCGCCCAGCUCGACGCCCUUCUCGCCAUCAAGGAUGCCGUCGACAAGAAGGGCGCCGCCCUCCGAAGCUGGGACCCCGCAAAGGGCGCCGGCGGGGCGUUCUGCCGGGCGUUUCUGGGGGUCAAGUGCGACGUGGCGGGCGACGUCGUGGCCAUAGGCCUGCGCGGGCUGGCGCUGGGCGGGGCCCUGCCGUCGGGGGCGCUGCUGGGGGAGCUGCCAAAGCUGAUAACCUUGGACUGCACGAACGCCGGCCUCACCGGGCCCGUGCCCAUCGAUUACGGGUCGCUGGCGGCCAUCAAGGAGCUGCGCCUCGGAGGCAACUCGCUGUCGGGGACCCUGCCCUCCGAGCUGUCCGGAAUGGCGUCAGUCGAAGUGCUGAACCUCGCGGGCGGCAACCUGGCCGCCGCGCUGCCCGACAGCUGGGGUGCCCUGACCAAGCUCAAGGCGCUCAACCUGAGUGGCAACGCGCUCACGGGCACCCUCCCUGCCAGCUUUGGAGGCCUGGGCUCCCUGCAGUCUCUGGACCUUCACUCUAACCAGGUGGGAGGCCAGCUGCCCGCCGCGUGGGCGGGGCUGGCAGCCAGCCUGCGCGCCCUCAACCUCGACUCGAACACGCUGGACGGCUCGCUGCCAAAGGAGUGGGGAGCGCUGGCCUCCCUGGCGACCUUGAACCUCGCAGCCAACCAACUUCAGGGCCCUCUGCCACCAGAGUGGUCCGGGCUGGCCAAGCUGACGGCGCUCAACCUCGGAUUUAACCAGCUGACGGGGUCCGUGCCGGACGCCUGGGCCAAGCUUUCGUCGCUGAAAGACCUCAACCUCGCGUAUAACAAGCUGGGCGGCGCCCUCGGCCCCGCGCUGUCGGCCAAACUCUCCGCGUUGCCAAACCUCAUCCUUGUCGGCAACGCAUUCAAGGCGCCCGCGCCCAAGGAUCGCUCCUCGCGCGCGCCUGGAGGGGCGGCGGUGGCAGCGGCGGGGCCGGCGUACAUCCCGGCAAAUAUUGUGAAGGAUUGGAAAGCCUGCCCCGUAAAGUCCCCAAAAUCAUGGGACCCCGCGGUAUUCGUACCAAACCUUGAUACGAUGUCUGUCCUGGCGCAGUUUUCAAACCUGCAAGGCAGCUGCUCCAUCGUCCCAAGCCUCAACACCUGCGUCCUGCCGGACUCCCCCGCCGCCGACGACUUUGGCCCGCUGCCGGCGGCGGCGUCGUCGGCGGGGGGCGGUGACGCGGACGGGAUGACGACACUCGGCACCGUCGACGGCUGCUGCAAGAAGGAGUGCACGGACGUUUUGCUGCAGGCUAUCAAAUACCGGUGCUUUGACCGGCUAUGGGUGGCCUUCUGCACGGCGUCAAGGGCCUCGUCAUUCAGGGCCGGCCUGUGA